AAUUAUAUCUAAGAUCCAAUGUAUAAUAAUACUCUUCAAUGGAGCUGUGGUAUAUUAUACGUGCAUUGCGUGUUCAGUAUUUUUCUGCCUUAGAAACGGGUGCAAGCCUUCUUAAUAUUGAAGGCCUACUGGUAAAGGUUUGAUGAUGGAAAACUGGAAGAGCUGGCCCAUCUGGUUCCUGCUGUUUGCAUAUGUCUUCUUUGUUAGUACUCUUCUCAUAAAUUUCAUCCAGCUGCUGACCCUGGUAAUCUGGCCAUUUGAUAAAACCCUCUUCAGAAAAGUUAACUACUACCUGGGAUAUGCCUCAUGGUGCCAAUUUACUAGUGUUGGACAGUGGUGGGCUGGCUGUGAAUGUGUAUUACACAUGGACCCAGAGGAAAGAAAAUAUCUAGGUCAUGAACACAUAAUGGUUAUCAUGAACCAUAAGUAUGAGAUAGACUGGCUCAUGGCAUGGAUAUUGUCAGAAAGAAUGAGAAUGCUUGGGGCUACAAAGAUCUAUGGGAAGAAAGCUCUGCAGUUCAUACCUCUGAUUGGCUGGGCAUGGUGGUUCACAGAGACACUGUUCCUGAAGAGGGACUGGACGAAGGACAAGCAGAUUAUCCAGGAAGGUGUUAGGACAGCCAUGGAAUAUCCUGAAAACUACUGGGUUACUCUUCUGCUGUUUCCUGAGGGAACCAGAUUAACAGCUCAGAAACUACACAAUAGUCACAUUGUCGCUAAGGAAAAAGGCUACCAUAUAAUGAAGCACCAUCUGCUGCCCAGACCAAAGGGGUUUGCUUACUCGAUACAGGAGCUGAAAGGGAAGUUGAAUGCAGUUUACGAUGCUACAGUGGUAUUUGAUGAGGGAUAUCCCUCCUUGAUGGACGUCUUACACGGCAAGAAAAUCUCGAGUAGAAUCAGGGCUCGGCGAUAUAAAGUUAAAGAUCUACCAGACUCAGAAAAAGACCUGUCAGAAUGGUUGAGGAAUUUAUUUAAAGAAAAGGAUGAUGUUGUGGAAAGGUUUUAUCAAACCAAAGAGCUGGAUCGACCAGGAUAUCUUAUACCAAAACGCUAUAAUGACCUAGUCAUGCAUUUAUUCUGGAUCAUUGUGACACUUGUGCCAUUGUUCUUUUACCUAGUCAAUGUAUUCUUCCAUGGAAGUCUUCUUCAUCAAGCUGUUAUAGUCAUAAUAUUUUUUCUAGUGAAUUUGUUAGCCAAAUUCAUGAUUGGGUAUACCCAGCUGGAGAAAGGGUCCUCCUACGGAAAAGAGAUAACCAAAAAGAAGGAGGCAUAAAAAGAUACGCUCCACAGCAGAGAAGGGAAGAAGGAGUCUUAGUGACUUAUAGUACAGUACAAAAAUGUUAUUACCAUAGUAUUUACCUAAAGAACAAACUGUAAAACUACCUUUCAUUUGAUUUAUUUUAUCAAAUGGGUGAAUUUAAAUGAUAUUAAACAAUGAUACAUAUUACUCUACAGAAGCAAAAUGACUAUGGAUGAAUGUAAAACAGGUCAAAAUCAUAUUUCAAUGCUCGGGGGCUGAAAUAAGACGGGGCGACAUUUCCCAGUAUGCAGUAGCACGAGACCCAAGAUCAGAUCGGCAAUAGUUCCUUCCCGAUAUGCCACAAUGUUUAAAAUAUUGUACAUUGUUUUUAGAAGUUUUUAUUCCUAUUGAUGUUUUAUACUUUUUUAUUUUGUGACAACAUUGUUGUGAUAGGCUUGAAAACACCAAUGUUUUACCAUUCAGCUUCUACCUGGAAAUUCUUGUCAUUCUGUGUUUUUAUCAUUCCAUUACAGCUUUAAUUUCUAUUAAUGAAUGGUCUUUUUUUUUCUUGGCUUGGAUAAAGUUUACUUUCAACUUUUAUUGCUGACUGAGAAGAUACUGUGAGAUAAACUCAUACAAUAUAUAAUCCAGGGGAUUAUUACAUGUAUUAUACAUGUAUUAUUAUUAUUAUCAUGAAAACCAAAUUACUGUAUGUAAUUCUCUUUAACACCAGUUACACCACACCAAUGAUUAACAUUACUAAUAUAUAUCAAUAUUGAGAUGUUUCUAUUGAUUUUAAUGCCCACCAGGACUUGGGUCAUGGUCAGGGAAGUGUUAUAUACAUGUAGAUGUAUGCUGUUUUUCUGUACACACAAUGAUUUACAUUUUGUAUAGAUUACUAGAUAUACAUGUACAUACAGUCAUGUAGUACAACAGAGGGUAGAACUAAUGUAUUGAUUUCUGUAUUACAACAGUAUGGCUAUUUACCACUCAGUAUCAAGGCAGGAAUUCAGGUUUAUACUCAUUCAAAACAUACCAUUGUCAAAUUCAUGUUUAUACACUGUAUUUGCAUUUAUGAAUAUUAUUUAUGUCUGAUUAGUUAUUUAAUUACAUAUGAUUGUGAUAUUUGAUCAUUUGCAUGAGUUUUUGUUCCAUUUCUCAGAAUGAUUCACUUAUUCUUAAGUGACAUUCCCAGAAAAUCAAAAUGAUGCAGAAAAAAAUAAUCUGCAAAAUAAUGCCAAAGCAUAGUAUGAGAGAUCCAAUCAGAAUUAUAGGGAAGGAGACUAUUAAAAAUCAGCUGGAGAUGGACAGGUGGUCUAUUAAAAUGUUUUGACUUGAAAGUGUAUCUUGUAUUUUGAGUUCUCUAUUCUAUGAUGUAUCUUCUGUAAGACUGUCAUUCAUUAUUAGCCUGUCUGGACGGAUGUAUCUUCUGUAAGACUGUCAUUCAUUAUAAGCCUGUCUGGAGGAUGUAUCUUCUGUAAGACUGUCAUUCAUUAUUAGCCUGUCUGGAGGAUGUCCCUGGAGAACUACUGUGAUACCACGGGUGACAUUGACCAUGUUGUCAUCCAUCCAUCACAUCAGUUUUAUAUAAACUAGCAACCCUUAAAUGAUUAAAACUUAUGUAGAAAUCUGUGAUUUACAUAUUAACCCCAGUGAAAAGAAUAUGGUGUUUAUAGCUUUGUGAAAGUACAUAUAGUUCUUUUGAUUUGAUGUACAUCGUCAUAUGAUCAUUAUGAUAUGUUUUUUAGUUUGUAUUAGGUAAACCAAUAUGAAUUAUAGAAUCCUGUAGAUGCUGCAAACAAUUGUACAUUUCACAUAAUGUAAUCACUGUGCACAUGUUAAUAAAGGAAUCUUUCACUGAAA